UGAUCUCGUCUUCACCAAUGUAGACCAUAUGAUUCAACAUUUUAUUUUCGUUGAUGCUGACGUAGAUAGGAAGUGUUGUCGUUGGAGCUGUCAAAAUCUCAGUUCAAAAAUAAACCGCCGUAGAUUACUUGAAGUGGACUUUUCAUUUUCUGUAUUUUUGUGGCCAUAGUGUCUGCAAGAUGGCAGUCGAUUUAACUGAAAUUGAUAAAUUGGAACUCAAGAAUGUUUCCACUGGUAAAAUGGAGACCCUAGAAAAUCUGUGGAAGGAUAAAACUUGUGUCAUCAUAUUUUUUCGUCGAUGGGGGUGCUUGUAUUGCAGACUGUGGGCUAAAGAAGUAAGCCAGAUAUCUAAUAUCCUCAGCAACAACAGCAUUAGACUUAUUGGAGUAGGACCUGAAGACCUUGGAGCUGAAGAAUUCAGAGAUGGGAAGUUCUUUGAUGGAGAAUUAUAUACUGAUGUAAAUAAGAAGGUGUAUUCCAAAAUUGGCUUCAAGAGGUACAAUUAUGUCAGCAUCCUGUGGUACAUCCUCAGCAAAGUUGGACGGAGUGCUUAUUACAGAGGUAAGGCAGCUAAUAUCCCAUGGAACCUGAAGGGAGAUGGACUGCAGAAUGGAGGAUGUCUAAUCGUGGAGGGGGGAGGCAAGGUACUACAUAGCUACCGACAGGAAGGGGCAGCAGACCAGCUGGCCAAUGAGAAGAUACUGGAGGUUCUAGAUCUUGCAGCAGAGUUCAAACCUCGCUUGGAGACUGAUGAGAGUGACAAUAGUGAGCGCAACUAGCUCCUCUACACACUGGGAACAUACUUGUCUGAGAAGCAAAUCUCUGGAAUUUAUCUAAUUUUUGUUACUCGUGGUGGUAUUGUUUUUAUUUCAAUCUAGUCCGUUUAUAAAAGUUUUUUUUAAUUCCCUUAUUCUUGUCAACACUUAGUUUUAAAACUAAUUUUGAACUACUUAUAAAUUGUAUUUCAAAUGGGCAACUAACUGUGAUUUUUAGAUUUUACUAAGUGAAUCCAAUGUAUCACGUAUAGUAACAAUGUGUAGAGAUAUAUAGAGUAUAAAGUGUUUUUAGAAUAACCUAACACAAAAUUCAGAUCGUUUGUAGAGAUAUUUUGAAAAAAAAUAUUUUAGAAAAUUUAAGUCAUAAAAUGUGUAGCUACUAGUAUGUUAAAAUAAGUCCAAUGUAACAUCUCACAAAUGGGGAUAAUUAAACUUUAAUACAGUAAAACCCCGAUAAUUGCCAAUUAUCGGAAACCUGGGUUAUCAGAAAUGACCAAUUGAGAAGUAAUGAAAAUAAUUGCAGUAGCCUCGAAUCAAGAAGCUACAGAAAAACAAAUAGUAUUUGCCCAAUAUAAUUUGGGCUCGUGGCAAUCCCAAUAUUAUAUUAACAGCACUAAAAAUAUUCAUAGUGGGGCUGUCAAUGAAGGACAACAACUCGACCGCCUUACCGCCAGGCAGAAGUUGAGUGAUAGCCACGCACCCUGUCAUAACUGUCAUCCCUUCAUGCCGUAUUAACAUAACCUUGUAUUAUCGGAAAUUUUGGUUAUCCAAAACAUCAUUGACCUCUUUUAUUUCCGUUAAUCUAGGUUUUAUUGUAUUAUAAAUUUAUUCAAUAUUAAUAUUAUACAUAUUAUUAACAUUUUUAGUUUUGUUAACUUUUUCUAGUGGUUUUAAGUAUAUCUUUCCAAUAACAAGUGUUUUGUAUGUCAUUCACUCUGCAUUUAUGUAUCUCUUAAUAGAUUUUUAUUUUAUUAUUUUAAUCCUUUCCAUUUCCAUUAACAGUACACUUGUUUUCAGCUGGUUGUAACUAAUACAGCUAAAAGUGCAGGAGUUUUCCAAUAACUUAAAAUAAUUAUUUUUGUUACAAAUAUUUUUCCCUCAACUUUUGUCAGUGUUAGUAAGUAAAGCUAUUUUUCAAUAACAAAAUCUUAAUCUUUCAUAUUUAACAAUUAAAACAUAUAUUAGACAGUUCAGAUUUUUUGUUUGCUAUUCUAUGGCUGUUUGUCUAAAACAAUACAAAUUUUUAUAUCGUGUAGUUUUACAACAAUGGUCGGAGAUAAUUUGGUUGCUGGAAUGGUUUUAAAUUGCAUCAUGAACAAAUUCAAAUGUUUAAAGUAAUUAAAUAAUAACUUCACAAAAUAAUUAGUUAUUUAUAGAUAAAAGCCAAAUUAACAAAAUCAAAUUAAUGAAGUUUGCCAAUUUAAAGAAGAUUGGAAAAAACAACUAUAGAGGAACAAAAUGUAGCAGACGUUUUUUACAAAAAGGAGUUAUAAGACCUCUGUAAAAAACAAAAUACGGAAAUGAUGAAAAACACUCUUAAUGAAUAUCAGUGAGUCAGGUAGACUGUGUGUGCGUUUAAUUUGGAGUACGGAUCAAUACACUGACCAGAAAAACCCAUUCCUGUCUGAAGACACUGCCAAAUUGAAUGCUUGAUUUGGCCAUAGUAAUGAAGAAAAUCUGUGAAAAGUACAACCAUCUGAAAGAUUUACUAAAAUGUCAUUUAUGACAUGUUAGUGGAAAGAACAUAUAGUUUUUGUGGAUGCUCUUUAACUUUAUUAUUAAACUGUAAAACAAUAUUAUAUAUAUUCCAAACAACAAAGCUUUAAUAUAACCUAAAAGUUAUUGAUAUUUUUACUUUUCUCAGUUGUUUUUUUUUUUAAUAAUUUAUAUUUAUUAAGCAGUGAUUAAAGACCAUCCAUAAUCUAUGUUUCAAAGUGAUUUUAGCCUGUGUCCAUUCUAACGCAGAUUUAAUUAAUAUUUUUCAUUCCCUCUGUCACAGUAUUUUAAGAAGAUUUUCAUUCUUAGAUUUGCUUUAUAUGUAAUAGUUCAUUUUUUGUAGUUGUUUGCUUUGGGAAUAUAAAUUUUAUUAUUGUACUAUACACAGGUACAGACUAGUAAGGUGUCCUAGACAAUUUGAAUUAUUCAUCGUGUCACAACUGACUGCAAUAAAAUGGAUUGUGUAAUUUGGCAUGUAGGAUGAAGUGUUAAACGUAAUACAUGUUUAAUUAUUUAUAAAGAGAUUUGAAGUAACCAAAUUUUACAAUCACUACUUAAGCUACUGUCUAUUAUAUAAAUAAACAAAUACUCUAAAGUUUCAAUAUUAUUGCAAUACAGUUAAUACAAUUUCACACAAACACGUUCUACACAUAUAUUUCAACAAAUACACCUUGUCAUUUCUUGUACAAAAAAUAGCUCUUAUGUAAGUUGGUUACAAAAUGGAUCCCAUAGCUUAUAAAUCAUUAGUAUAAUAAAUGGAUGGCUCCUUAUAAAUGAAGAACAUGCAAUCUACAGUAAAGUAUGUGCCAAACUAGCCCAGGUAUCUGGCACUCCUCCACUAACACUAACAUUAACACUAACUCUUCCUCACAGGUGGUGUUUAUAACCAAGCUAUUGUGAUGUCAUUGCUCAAUUCUAACGGUACUAUUCUGCACUAAUGCAUUUAUAUAUCCUAGUCACCUAAUGUUUGUUACAUUUUCUUAACAUUAAAAUGUUAUUUUUUCAAA